CCAGCUGUUGUUGACCAUCUUUCUUCAUCAAGCUUCCGUGCUUGCAUCUCCACCCGAUCAAGACCAAGAAGAAUGGCCACUCGAAGCGCUCGUGACAACAAGGCCCUCAAUGCCCGCCAUGCUGAAGUAUUGAAGGCCAUGCUCCGCCAACCCGAAAACAAACUGUGCGCCGAUUGCAAGAGAAAUGAUCCCAGAUGGGCUUCAACCAAUCUAGGGUGUUUCAUGUGUAUCCGCUGUAGUGGCAUCCAUCGAAGUAUGGGUGUCCACAUCACCAGAAUCAAAUCCAUCGAUCUUGAUACUUGGACUCCCGAACAAGUGGCUUGUGUUCAACGAUGGGGUAAUAAAAGAGCUAAUGCAUAUUGGGAGGCUCAUCUCCGACCUGGACAUAUGCCUCCGGACCAUAAGAUCGAAAGCUUUAUACGCAGCAAAUACGAAAGUAAACGUUGGGCGAUGGAGGGUCCUCUACCAGAGCCAGAGACGUUGGAUGAUGAUAAGGAUGUUGCUCCUGCUCCUCCCACGGCUGUUUCCCAGAACGCUGCCCCUUCACACCCCACGAUAUCCAAAGUCACUCCACCAACGAUGAGCAAACCUGCCACCUCAGCCUCAGCGACGAACAACCCCUUAGAUUUCUUUGACAGCCCGAAUGACCAACCCGUGAAAACAACUUCUGGACCGGCGAGCGUCAAGGUCGUAAAUAAUGUUCAACCGAGUGUCGGUGGAGGCUUGUUUGACUUGGAUUUCUCGCCCCAGGCCUCGGCAGCUGCAGUCACUGCCACCGCUCCUGCUGGGAGGAAGGAUGUCAAGAACGAUAUUCUUUCACUCUUUGCAGUCAAACCUCAGCAAAGCUACACAAAUCCAAUAGCCCAAGCCCCAAACAUAAACGCUGUCAACAAUCAGUUCAAUGGUUUAAACUUCGGGGCAAGCAACACGAUGCCCCAGGUCAACAACGUGAAUAACCCCUCGAAUCUAUCCCAAAACAAUUCAUUCGGCGAUAGUAACAAUGUCUGGGCUUCUCCCGCUGAUCAACUACGCCAACAGAGCCAAGAUCCAUUCGGCAGCUUCACCAGUGGUACCACUUCAACAAACGGCAACAACAAAGACGUCUUUUCUGACAUUUGGAGUUGAUCCUAUCACCGCUGUCACUGCUCACAGGCUGGGUUCUUCUGCGAGCUCUUUUUCCCCCAUCUUUACUGGUUGCCCCCCCGGGUAUUUUACUGUUUAGGGAAACAUGUUAGAAAGCAUCUCAAAAAAUCCUUCCGAUUUCGACCACUUGUGUCAUAUCCCUCUUUCACUCCCUGCUUCGAUCCUGGCUUCAUUGACAUCCUAUCCACAGGGAUUCGUCUAUGAUUUCAAUUUUGAGCAACGUUCACAUUUUUUUUGCGUGUGUGUUCUAUGUUUUCCCAUUUCAUUUCGACCCUAGUCUCCUCUCUGGAUCAACAAAAACUGAAUGUAUUAUUUUUAUGUACAUGCAUGGUGGAACCAAAUCAGAUAAUAGACUUCACAAACUCAGCAUAUUUACAUAUGAUGAGGUUUUCUGGGGAAAUUCAACUUCUUAUAAUUAUUUGUUUGUGUUUUACUUGCAAGCUUUCAGUAAAUUGUGUUGCAGUGAACUCUGAGAAAG